CUCCACUGUCUUAUACAAUCUCGUUUCCGCUUCUUAGAGUAAUCAACUUAAUUGAGAAGAUUUGAGUUUUUUUUUUAAGGGACUAGCGUAAAUAAAAGACGUUCUGAUCCACACCCCCAUACCAGCUGGUAGCGGUAAUGCGUCGUUUCGUUGUUUGCCACGCGCCAAUAAACACGAAGAAGAAGAAGAAGAAGAAGAAGAAGAAGAAGAAGAAGAAGAAGAAGGCGCGCGGAUGACGUGACGGACGUGGACGCGCGAUAGCGCAGGGCCGUUGACUUUCACCGUCGCUACGUUUGUUGGCCGUUGUGUGUCAGGGUCGAAAAUGUCUUUAUUUCGCUUCCUCUUGUCCGGGGACCGGUGAAAGAGAGCGGUCGGUGUUGAGGUUAGAGCCGUCUGUCCGUCAGCCUGUCAGUCAGCCUGUCAGUCAGCCUGUCAGUCAGCCUGUCAGUCAGCCUGUCAGUCAGCCUGUCAGUCAGCCUGUCAGUCAGCCUGUCAGUCAGCCAGCAUGAGUCUUCCAGCCUUGCAGAACACCGGCGUGCUCUACCGGAGGAUCCUGUCUCACUUCCCGCAGGACUUCAGCCUGGCCUUCGCCUACGGGUCAGGAGUCUUCAAGCAACACGGCACCACUCAGGGUCAGAUGGGGAAGAACAUGGUGGACUUUGUGUUUGCGGUGGAUGACCCCGUCACCUGGCACACCAUGAACCUGCUGCAGAACCGAAAGCAUUACUCUAUCCUGAAGCUCCUGGGGCCCAGAAAGAUAAGCUCCAUCCAGAACGACCACGGGGCCAGGGUGUAUUACAACACACUGGUUCCUGUGGAUGGAAGGGUCAUCAAGUACGGUGUGAUCAGCACGGAGGCCCUGGUUGAUGACCUGAUGCACUGGGAGACCCUGUACAUCGCCGGACGCCUACACAAACCAGUGAAGAUGCUGGUGCAGAAUGAGAGUGGGAAGCUUCGUGCGGCUCUCAUGGGGAAUCUGAAGAGUGCCGUGAUCGCCUCCUUCCUCAUGCUGCCUGAGAGCUUCACUGAGGAAGACCUCUUCCUGCAGAUAGCUGGCCUGUCCUACGCUGGGGACUUCAGGAUGGUGAUUGGAGAGGACAAGUCCAAGGUUUCCAAUAUUGUCAAAGACAACAUCCAACACUUGAGGAUCCUGUACAGCAACAUCCUUCAGGACUGCUCUCAGGUGGUCUACAAGCCUCAGCAGGGGAAGCUGGAGGUGGACAAGAGCCCUGAAGGUCAGUUUGUCCAGCUGAUGGCGCUCCCGCGGACCUUACAGCAGCGGAUCACCAGGCUGGUGGAUCCUCCUGGGAAGAACCGAGACGUGGAGGAGAUCCUGCUGCAGGUGGCCCAGGACCCGGACUGUGGAGCGGUCGUACAACAGGGUAUCUCUUCCAUCGUGAAGUCCUCCAGUGUAACACAGAGCAUCAAAGGCAUCGCCACAGCCGGGUUGUGGAAGACAGUGUCGUACAGCUCCAAGAAACUCAUUAAGAUGUGGAGAGGAUGGAGAAGGAAGCCGUCUGUCUCCCAGCUGUCCUGACCCUGUCUUGUCUGGCGUCUUUUCUCAUCUCUAGCCGUCAGCCAGGAAAGCACUGGACCGUCUGUCUGUCCAUCAGACACCUGUCUAACCCCCCACCUCAACACCAGCAAACAACACUGACCUCUGUACUCAUCAGUCCAUCUUCCCUGUGGGAUGGGAUCACUGAGCUCCUGUUCAGCUUUGUGUCAGUAGUCUUAACAUCCUGGCUGUCCUUGUCACUUCCCUGGGUCAGAUAAAAAAUAAAUAAAGAGGGGCUGAGAAGUAAACUUCCUCAAGAACAAAUUCUUGAUGUUUUACCAGUCAGUCUGAAUGAAGUCUGUAGGACUUUUUUCUUAUUUGUGGAGGGGACACGCUACAAACUGGAUUCACACACUGUCAGACUGGUUGUGAUGGACUACAUGUUGAUGGCGUUGUGAGCCAGACUGGUCACGAGAGUCGAUCACAUUGAUUUUCAUCAGGUUGGGUCUGGACUGUCUCUCAGUGAUAGAAAGUUUAAAAAGUGGAUGGUUAACUCUCCACUCUGGAGACCGAGCCAAAGAGGCUACAGAGUCGAGACGGACACAGAGAAGUAACAAACAUCAACGGUGGCGGUGAUGAACGAGGUGGUUGGUUUGGUUGAAGAAGCCGAAUCAUUUCUGGGCAGUUCAAGAAUGACACUGACUUCCUCUUCAUUUCCCCUGUAUAAGUCUGUCUGUGGCUGUGGUCUGGCUGAUAGACUAAUACAUAUGAUCACUGAUUGAAGGGUUGGCAGCAGGCGAUCAGAAAAUUUUGACCUCAUGCCUUCAAGACUGCUGCGCUCUGCAUCCAGAAUUUUCUCUCAUCAGGCCCGAAAAAGAUGAAUUUAACUCCCGUCUUCCGUCAAAGCUACUGACAUUUGUAAUUUGUGAUAUUGGGCAAUACAAAUAAAAUUGACUUGACUUGACAUAAUUCAUCCAUUCCUCCAUUAUCUGAACCGCUUAUCCUGCUCUCAGGGUUGCGGGGAUGCCGGAGCCUAUCCCAGCAGUCAUUGGGCAGCAGGCGGGGAGACACCCAGGACAGGCCACCAGGCCAGACAUAAUUCAAGAAAGCCCUAAAAACAUUACUUUUGCAGGCCCAUCUUAAUCUAUAGUCCCUAAACCAGACUGUUCGGCAAUAUAGUCCAACUAAAUUUUGAUUUUUCUUCUUUUUUUGGGGGGUUCCCUGUUUUUCUCCCCAAUUGUACUUGGCCAAUUACCCCAUUCUUCCGAGCCGUCCCGGUCGCUGCUCCGCCCCCCCCCCCCGAUCCAGUGAGGGCUGCAGACUACCACAUGCCUCUUCCGAUACAUGUGGAGUCACCAGCUGCUUCUUUUCACCUGACAGUGAGGAGUUUAACCAGGGGGACGUAGCACAUGGCAGGUUCACGCUAUUCCCCAGUUCACCCUCCCCCCCAGUUCACCCUCCCCCUGAACAGGUGCCCCGACCGACCAGAGGAGGCGCUAGUGCAGCGACCAAGACAUAUACCCAUAUUCAGCUUCCUACGGCCAAAUGUGUCUGUAGGGACGCCCGACCAAGCCAGAGGUAACACAGGGAUUUGAACCAGUGAUCCCUGUGUUGGUAGGCAAUGGAAUAGACUGCUAUGCUACCUGGACACCCCUCUAAAUUUGGAUUUUGAAUUGCCUAUUACAUGCAUGAGUAUUGGUGAUCUAGCUGUUGUGCAACUUAAGAGUGCAUAUUAUGUGAAGGACAGUUUAUCUGGCAAUUCCUGGCUCUUUGUCGGUGGGGUUGGAUAGAAGUGUCUGCCUAGUGAGAACAUGUAUAAAAUGUGAAUAACAAAACGAGGCAAAUCACACGCACAGUGCAGACGUUGUGUACACGUGUUGGCUGUGUGAUGGACAUCGCUCUACAGAAGAAGGAAUUUUCCUCUGCUGCUGUGUCCGUUUCCGCUUCUGCUGCGUCAUAUCUCAAUUUUGAUGGCACCUUGGAUUGGCCUCCAGAGCCACAUGGACCGUCCACUUUUUGGACAGGCCCCCCUGUCUGAAAUAUCUCUGGAUGAGAAGGCCAGACCCAAGCUUGGAAGAGAUCAGUGUGAUCGGUUGUGAUCUGAUGUGUGGCAAGGUUACGACUGAGGCGACGCAGGUGAUCAGAUGGAACAAGUUAAUGUUCAAUUCAUGGAAGGCAACAAGAGAAAAGUAUAGAAUCAUAUAUAUUUAAUGUGUAAUUGGCUGUCAUGUACUACAUUGCCUAUGGGAGGGGUUGAGACUAUCUGCUGCAUGUUUCUCAUUUAAAUAUGUACCCUGCACUGCCAAGAUGAGAGACUUCGAUCCUAAAGUACUGACUGAACGGAGUUUUUGUCUGUGGAGGUUCUUUACUGUUGCCCCGUGAUGCUGUCAUGCUGUGGACAGUGUUACACGUGUUUCCUCUUCCUCCCCCUCCCCCAAAUUGCCAAAGACAUGUGAACUGUUGAGUUUUGAGUCUCGUGUCGGUGAUGACGGCAUCACGUCACCUCGGCCCUUACUCAUUUUGAGAGUAUUCCUGACAAUGCCGUCAUCUUUAUUUUGAAACGUGAGUCACCGCUGGAGGAGACACUGUAUAUCUGAGGGUGGCUUUGUCUUUAUCCUGAUCAUGAACGGCAUGCUGACAACAGGAAAAUAAACCCGCAUCCAUCUUGGGGCGAUCCCUGGCCUUCCCUGCUGGUCUGUCUUGUCUACCUGUUUUGCAGAAUGCUGCUGGACGGCCAGGGAUCAUCAGCACCAGCUGGAAGCAUGUGGGCCUAGUGCUCCCAGUCUUUAAAACAGGCUGUUCCCCAGUUGAUGGAAAUGAACUGUUUGUAACCUGUUUGUAUCCAGUGGAGACUGUUAAGAAUAAAUUCAGUUCCUCCUGCAUCUGUAGUCCGCCUCCCCUCCUCUGCGGCGGCUUGCUGACCCGGGCUCUGGCCGUCUGAACUGCACCAUUGACACACCACAGACUCAACUGUUGAUUUCAAUUUACAAUGACCCUCAUGUGCCCCAUUACCCAAUGCAGAGAUUUGGCUUGUUAAGACUCUUAGCCUCAUAACAGUUGGCCUGUUGUCUGACUUGUUGCACACCAUGUAUUAAUCUUCACUACAGUUGCCACAACGUGAUUUGAUAAACCCUAUGCUGCAU